AUGCCGGGGCAAGCUGGCCAAGCCACAAUGGGGGCUCUAGCCCGGGAGAUGGCGAGGGCAUUAAGGGAGUCCAUGAACAUACUUAGGGCGGAGACCCAAGCUAGGGAGAAUGUUGUUGAGACAAGGGCGAGCUUCUUCACGAGGGAGUUCUUGCGAGCCAAGCCGGACGAGUUCUAUGGCGGCCCCGAGCCAAAGAAAGUGGGUGAGUGGUUAAAACAAAUCGUGAAGACUUUUGAAAUGCUCCAUAUAGAAGAUAGCGAAUUGAGGGUGACUCUUGCGAGUUACUACCUCAAAGGGGACGCGGGCCAAUGUUGGAAAUAUGCCAAAGGCCGAAUAGAGCCGGCUUGGGAGACGUUCGUGGUGGCCUUUCAAGACAAGUAUCUACCUCCUACGGUUAGGGAGAGGUUGGGGCAGGAGUUUAAGGACCUUAAGCAACUCAAUAUGUCCAUGGCCGAGUUUGAAGCAGCCUUUUCUAUUUGUCCCGGUUUGGCACCGGAAUUGGUAGCGACGGAAGAGCACCGUUACAUCGAGUUCGAACAGAGAUUGAGAACUAAGAUUCUAUUCAAGGUUGCCGGGAACAUGAUCCGAAAUUAUGAUCGCCUUGUGGAGGCAGCCGCACGUGUGGAAAUUAUUGUGGAGCCCGAAGAGGAGAGACUUCAGAAUUCGAGGUCUAGGGGCCAAGGGUCGCAAGGAGGAUAUAGGCCCAAUAAGAAGAACAUAAACACCUACCCAUCCCAAUCCCAGCCGCCGCAGUCUAGAUCUACUUCCCCCUUGCCUAGUGUGGGCUCGAGAAAGGGUGCAUCGAGUGGAUUCUCUUGCUUCAAGUGUGGCCAACCGAUCACAAGGCCUUUGCUUGUCCACAGAAGGGAGGAGAGCAGCAGAUGUUGCAACCACCACUAA